GUCCAAUCACGUCCCACGUUUAGUAUUUGCGUGUUGUCUACUUUCCCACUUCUGCCACCUGUGUAACUGUACGGUUUUAGCUUAUGUCACAGGAGUCGCUGCCGGGGCUGUCGUACGUAUCUCUCGGGUGAGCUUAGUUGUAGGUGUUUCGGUACUUUUUCGGUUCACGCCAUGUCUGGACACGGCCACGGCCACGGCCACGGCGGCGGACACGGCCACGGCUGUUGUGAAUGCGAUCACGAGCCCGCAGAGCGAGGGGUGGAAUAUGAGCUCUACAGACGCAUCGAUAUCGAGAAGCUUCAGUGUUUGAAUGAGAGCCGAGACGGAGACGGUAAACUGGUGUUCAAGCCUUGGGAUCAACGCGCUGACAGGGAAAAGUUUGUCGAAAGCGAUGCUGACGAAGAGCUUCUGUUCAAUAUACCGUUUACAGGUAGCGUGAAGCUGAAAGGGAUCAUUAUUUCUGGAGAAGAUGAUGAGUCACACCCAGCUGAAAUGAGACUGUACAAGAACAUCCCCCAAAUGUCAUUCGAUGAUACAAGCAGAGAGCCAGAGCAAGCGUUUCGUCUAAACAGGGAUCCGCUCGCUGAGCUUGAGUAUCCAACCAAGAUUGCCAGGUUCUCCAACGUGCAGCACUUAUCAAUCCACAUAUCUCGAAACUUUGGGGCAGAAUCCACUCGUGUGUAUUACAUUGGUCUGCGGGGAGAGUACACCAGAGGUCACAUCUUUUUCUCUCUCUUUCAGGCUCAUAGGCAUGAAGUCACAAUCUGCAACUACGAAGCAGCAGCCAACCCAGCAGAUCACAAAGUGGAGACCAUUACACCCCAAACACAGUUCAUAUCAUGACAAAUGGGGGAGAGGGAAUCUCACGUGUGCUGUGUGAAACUAUAAAAGUGUGCAUGAGUUUUGAUAACGGUGAGACGAAGUGAGAGGGCCUAUGCGUUCUUUGACGUAUUCGACAGUGAUUUCUUCACCAGGGUUUGUUCAGCUGCAAUUCUGCUAAUGUGCCAAUAAACCUUAGGCUAUAUAAGCGUAAUCACUUAAUAUAUGCUUAUGUCAAAUAAAACGUGUGUGCUUCAACAAACAGAA